AUGUCGUCGUCAUGCAGCGGAGCCAUUCGCCGCGUGGUACUAUUCCCUUUCCCAUACCAGGGCCACUUCAAUCCUGUGCUCUGCCUCGGCGGAGCUCUGCACGCCCGCGGUCUCGCGGUCACCGUGUUCCACACGGAUCUCCGCACGCCGGACCCGGCGGACUACCCCACGGACUACAGCUUCGUGGCUGUGCCCGUCAAGGUGCCUGCGGAGGUCGUCGCGUCCGAGGACAUUGCCAGGCUCGUGAUGGAGCUGAACGCCUGCUGCGCGGCGCCGUUCAAAGAGCGGCUGGCGGAGCUGAUUUUCUGA